GCCUCCCCGCCGGUGUCCCCCUGGGCCGCGGGGCGCCCGCUCCUCGCCCAGGCUGCCCUCGGUGCCCUCCGCCCCGCCCGUGCCCCGUCCCGGGGGUGCCCACGCGGGCAUGGGGGAGCCGCUGGGCUGCUGCGAGCGCGUGGCCAUCAACGUGGCGGGCCGGCGCUUCGAGACCCUGGUGCGGACGCUGCGGCGCUUCCCCGACACCCUCCUGGGCGACCCCCGGCGCCGCCGCCGCUUCUUCGACCCCCAGCGCCGCGAGUACUUCUUCGACCGCCACCGCGGCGCCUUCGGGGCCGUGCUCUACUACUACCAGAGCGGGGGGCGGCUGCGGAGACCCCCCGACGUGCCCCUGGACGUGUUCCUGGAGGAGCUGAGGUUCUACCAGCUGGGCGACGAGGCGGAGGAGCGGCUGCGCGAGGCCGAAGGCUUCUCGGUGGAGGAGCCGCCGGCGCUGCCGCGGGGCGGGCUGAGGCGGCGGGCGUGGCUGCUGUGCGAGCACCCCGAGAGCUCGCCGGCGGCGCGGGUGGUGGCCCUGCUGUCCGUGCUGGUCAUCCUGGUGUCCAUCGUGGUGUUCUGCCUCGAGACGCUGCCGCAGUUCCGCGCCGGCGCCGAGGGAGAGGUGAGCGUGGUCUUCGUCGUCGUCGUCAUCAUCCUCUGUGUCGUUGUCAUCCUACUCAUCAUCCUCAUCAUCCUCAUC